AUGUUCCAGUACCCCCAGGCAGAAAAUGAGCUGAGGACGGAGAGCAGGGAGAACACAGACCCCCUGCAGAACCUCAUGGAAGAGGCUGUUUUCAGUGUCUCCAUGGCACAGGAAUCCAACGAGGCGGAAAACUUCCAGAGAUCCCACAUGAAGAUGAGCAGCAUGCCAAACCCAGGGUUCUCUGAGGGGGAAAGACCCACCCUGCACCAGGAAGGCACUGAGAGCUUACACCGGGGCUUGGAGCUCAGGGUCCUUGAGCAGCUUCACGGCAGGGAGAAACCCUACAGGUGCUUGGAGUGUGGGAAGAGCUUCAGGUGGCGCUUCACCCUGAUCCGCCACCAGCGGACCCACACUGGGGAACAGCCCUACGAGUGUGGGGAAUGUGGAAAGAGGUUCAGAGAGAAGUCCCACCUGAUAACGCACCAGCGCACCCACACUGGGGAGAGGCCCUACGAGUGUGGGGAAUGUGGGAAGACCUUCAGGGAGAGCUCCAACCUGAUCCGCCACCAGCGAAUCCACACUGGGGAGAGACCCUACGAGUGUUCUCAGUGUGGGAAGAGGUUUCAGACCAGCUCCAAUCUCCUCCUGCACCAGCGGAUUCACACGAAUGAGAGGCCCUUCCGCUGCCUCGAAUGCGGGAAGGGCUUCAAGCAAAACUCCCACCUCAUCAGGCACCAGCGCAUCCACACUGGGGAGAGACCCUACGAGUGUUCCCAGUGUGGGGAGAGCUUCUACUGUAGCUCUCACUUGAUCCAACACCAACAGAGACACCACUAA